AUGAGAAGAAGUUUAAAAAUUAACGGCUUGAGUAGAGGAGAGGUUAGCUGGAAUCUAGACACACUUGGCGAUUUUGAACACUUGUGCUUCAGGGCAGAAGAACACUUACCUAAUACAGUAAGGCAAGCAUUGAUAUAUAAGGAUCUUAGGGAGCUUUUCAGUAUCCGAAAACAGGGUUUUGAUGUUUCUUUAACUCAACAACAGUUGCAUGAAGAGCAUGAUUGUGAACACAAAAUGGAUGCAUCUGUUAAAGAUCACACAGCUUUUUUUGAGUCUCUUGGUAUAGCUGGACUUAGUAACCACAGUUUGCUUUUCUCAAAAACUGCUCCAGUCCCUGUUGUGCAAGAUGAAGAACUAACAAGGAUUAGGCAAUCAACUUAUGUGGGAAACUCAUCUUCUUACAACUCACGUGAACCAGACAUGGAUGCGGGAGCUCAAUUUGCUAUCAGUCCAAAGUUAAAAAGGACAGAAGACCUAACACAUCAACAUGUAGAUGCUUGGUCGAAGGCUAGUUUGAUCGUGUUGCAGCUGAGCCUAGAUAGGGAAUAA